GACUGAGCAUGCGCAGUGGGCCAGGCCGGCUCACGCUAGAAGGAAGCGGUCGUUCGCCGUGAUCCCGGCGGCUGCGCUGGGGUAUGCGGUACCUGCUAGCGUGGCUGCUGCAUCCCGCUUUGCCCAGCACCUUCCGCUCGGUCCUUGGCUCCCGUCUGACGCCUCUGGAGCGCCUCUGUGGUUUGCAAAAAAAGACCUACAGCAAAAUGAAUAAUCCAGCUAUCAAGAGACUAGAAAAUCACAUUGUCAAAUCUCCAGAAGAUAAGCGAGAAUACCGUGGGCUAGAGCUGGCCAAUGGCAUCAAAGUACUUCUCAUCAGUGAUCCCACCACAGAUAAGUCAUCAGCAGCGCUUGAUGUACACAUAGGUUCGUUGUCAGAUCCUCCAAAUAUUCCUGGCCUGAGUCAUUUUUGUGAACAUAUGUUAUUUUUGGGAACAAAGAAAUAUCCUAAAGAAAAUGAAUAUAGCCAGUUUCUCAGUGAGCAUGCAGGAAGUUCAAAUGCUUUUACUAGUGGAGAGCAUACCAACUACUAUUUUGAUGUUUCCCAUGAACACCUAGAAGGUGCCCUAGACAGGUUUGCACAGUUUUUUCUGUGCCCCUUGUUCGAUGAGAGUUGCAAAGACAGAGAGGUGAAUGCAGUUGAUUCAGAACAUGAGAAGAACGUGAUGAACGAUGCUUGGAGACUCUUUCAGUUGGAAAAAGCUACGGGGAAUCCCAAACACCCCUUCAGCAAAUUUGGGACAGGUAACAAAUAUACUCUAGAGACUAGACCAAACCAAGAAGGCAUUGAUGUCAGACAAGAGCUACUGAAAUUCCAUUCUACUUAUUAUUCAUCCAACUUAAUGGCUAUUUGUGUUUUAGGUCGAGAAUCUUUAGAUGAGUUGACUAAUCUGGUGGUAAAGUUAUUUUCUGAAGUAGAGAACAAAAAUGUCCCAUUGCCAGAAUUCCCCGAACACCCUUUCCAAGAAGAACAUCUUAAAAAAAUUUAUAAAAUAGUACCUAUUAAAGAUAUUAGGAAUCUUUAUGUGACAUUUCCCAUACCUGACCUUCAGAAAUACUACAAAUCAAACCCUGGUCAUUAUCUCGGUCAUCUCAUUGGACAUGAAGGUCCUGGAAGUCUGUUAUCAGAACUUAAAUCAAAGGGCUGGGUAAAUACUCUUGUUGGCGGGCAGAAGGAAGGAGCCCGAGGUUUUAUGUUUUUUAUCAUUAAUGUGGAUUUGACCGAGGAAGGAUUAUUACAUGUUGAAGAUAUAAUUUUGCACAUGUUUGAAUACAUUCAGAAGUUACGUGCAGAAGGACCUCAAGAAUGGGUUUUCCAAGAGUGCAAGGACUUGAAUGCUGUUGCUUUUAGGUUUAAAGAUAAAGAGAGGCCGCGGGGCUACACCUCUAAGAUCGCAGGGAUAUUGCAUUAUUAUCCCCUGGAAGAAGUGCUCACAGCUGAAUAUUUACUGGAAGAAUUUAGACCUGAUUUAAUAGAGAUGGUUCUUGAUCAACUCAGACCAGAAAAUGUCCGGGUUGCAAUAGUCUCCAAAUCUUUUGAAGGACAAACUGAUCACACAGAAGAAUGGUAUGGAACCCACUACAAACAAGAGGCUAUACCAGAUGAAGUCAUUAAGAAAUGGCAAAAUGCUGAACUGAAUGGGAAAUUUAAACUUCCAAUGAAGAAUGAGUUUAUUCCUACGAAUUUUGAGAUUUUACCUUUAGAAAAAGAAGCAGCACCAUGUCCUUCUCUCAUUAAGGAUACAGCUAUGAGCAAACUCUGGUUCAAACAAGAUGACAAGUUUUUCUUGCCAAAGGCUUGUCUCAACUUUGAAUUUUUCAGCCCAUUUGCUUAUGUGGACCCCUUGCACUGUAACAUGGCCUAUUUGUACCUUGAGCUCCUCAAAGACUCACUCAACGAGUAUGCAUAUGCAGCAGAACUAGCAGGCUUGAGCUAUGACCUCCAAAAUACCAUCUAUGGGAUGUAUCUCUCGGUGAAAGGUUACAAUGACAAGCAGCCAAUUUUGCUAAAGAAGAUUAUUGAGAAAAUGGCUACCUUUGAGAUUGACGAAAAAAGAUUUGAAAUUAUCAAAGAGGCAUAUAUGCGAUCUCUUAACAACUUCCGGGCUGAACAGCCUCACCAGCACGCCAUGUACUACCUCCGCUUGCUGAUGACUGAAGUGGCCUGGACUAAAGACGAGUUAAAAGAAGCCCUGGAUGAUGUCACCCUUCCUCGCCUUAAGGCCUUCAUACCUCAGCUCCUGUCACGGCUGCACAUUGAAGCCCUUCUUCAUGGAAACAUAACUAAGCAGGCUGCAUUAGGUAUUAUGCAGAUGGUCGAAGACACUCUUAUUGAACAUGCUCAUACAAAACCUCUCCUUCCAAGUCAGCUGGUUCGGUAUAGAGAAGUUCAGCUCCCUGACAGAGGGUGGUUUGUUUAUCAGCAGAGGAAUGAAGUUCACAACAACUGUGGCAUCGAGAUAUACUACCAAACAGACAUGCAGAACACCUCGGAGAACAUGUUUCUGGAGCUCUUCUGUCAGAUCAUCUCGGAGCCUUGCUUCAACACCCUGCGCACCAAGGAGCAGUUGGGCUACAUUGUCUUCAGCGGCCCACGUCGCGCCAAUGGCAUACAGGGCUUGCGGUUCAUCAUCCAGUCGGAAAAGCCUCCUCACUACCUGGAAAGCAGAGUGGAAGCCUUCUUAAUCACCAUGGAAAAGUCCAUAGAGGACAUGACAGAAGAGGCCUUCCAAAAACACAUUCAAGCACUAGCAAUUCGUCGACUAGACAAACCAAAGAAACUGUCUGCAGAGUGUGCUAAAUACUGGGGGGAAAUCAUCUCCCAGCAAUACAAUUUUGACAGAGAUAAUAUAGAAGUUGCAUAUUUAAAGACACUUACCAAGGAAGAUAUCAUGAAAUUCUACAAGGAGAUGUUGGCAGUAGAUGCCCCGAGGAGACAUAAGGUAUCCGUCCAUGUUCUUGCCAGAGAAAUGGAUUCUUGUCCUGUGGUUGGAGAGUUCCCAUGUCAAAAUGAUAUAAAUUUGUCACAAGCACCAGCCUUGCCACACCCUGAAGUGAUUCAGAACAUGACCGAGUUCAAGCGUGGUUUGCCACUGUUUCCCCUCGUGAAGCCACAUAUUAACUUCAUGGCUGCCAAACUCUGAAGAUCCCCCACGGGCAGCGACGAGCAGGAGGACGUGUUCCUGACCCUUCCAGGGGCUCGGAAACAGCCGUGGCCACUUUAACAGUUUCUGGUUCACUAGUAGAGACACAAACAGAAAAAGAGAUGUUGUCAGAUGUUAUUAUGUAGAAAUAUUAAAAUCCAAAGUAAUUAAAUGACAAAAUCUAAUAGAUGUAGAAUAUUUUUAAAAUACAUGCCUCUUAAAUAUUAAAAAAAUUUUUUUCAUUACUAAGAAAAAUUUCCCUUAUAUAACAAUACUUAAAAUGAUGAAUGAUAUUCCUAUAGACUCUUCCUUCCCUAUUCUGUAAAAUAGUUACUUGUUAGAAGAAAAUGUUACCUUUUUUAAAAAGCCUCCUGGGUUGACAGGAAAGGCUUCCACACAGUUAGAAAGACAGGCUUCACGCAAGGAAGCCUGUCUUUUUAAAAACCGAUCCUCACAUUUGCUUUCUACUUGAUGGUCUCAUGUAAAUCAAUGGAGAACAUAGAUUUGGCACAUAAAGAGCAAAGUAAUGUAGUUUUCUUUUAUUAGUGAAAUUGCUGAUUAUAAGGCAUGGUUUUAACCUUUUUAUAAAAUUUGAACAUGUUUUUUAUUCAAACUAGUUCUGGAAAACCCUAGAACACCCUAGUUAUUUAUAGUACUAGAAAUACACACUUACCUUACAUCAGUUUUGUCCCAAAUUGAAUUUCUCAGGAUUACUAUGAUUCGUUUUUUUCUGAUUGACUUCUAUCCACAUUCUCACUGUUGUUAGUUGGUUUGCAGUGGUGUCCAUCGUUCUCACUUCCCCAUCAGCAUGUCCUGUGUGUGGCGAGCACGGGCCGGGUGGCCUUCGGUCCCCACCACUCAUGGGGCGUGUUUUCCCAGCGUCAGCUGCCACAGACGCCUGGUGCAGUGCGUCUGUGAGCCACGGUGUUGGCCCCAUGGUGAAUUCAAAAGGCAACAAGUAAAAAGCCACUUUUUUGGAGGUAUUAAAAAAGCUUUGGAUUUUCAAAUAGCAUGAUUUCCAUAAGACCCUAAAAUCCAUUUUUAUUGCCAGUCUAAUAGUGCCGUAAGUAUUGUUAUUUUUUUAACUUAUAAUUGUAAACAUACACACACGUAAUGACUGGAGUAGACUUUUAAAAAAUAUUUUUUCCCACGAGAUACUAUUUUAGAUGAAACUGUUCCUCUAGAUUUAACAGCUGUUUUGAAGUAUGGACUGCUAUUAAACUUCAAGAGAAAUUGGGACUAGACUCCCACAUGCAGGCACUAGUCACAGUAGCGGCCCCGCUGCCCACCAACUCAGGCAAGGGAAAGAGUGGCGUUUUCAGGUGACCUCUGACGUCCGUAUGAGUUGAUUUGCUAGGAUUUUUCUGUAGAGUCAUGUCUUUUCACAUCUUAAGUUUUCACGUUUGCCAUUUUCCACAUAAUCUAAAUUUGGGGCAAGAACGAUAUAAUCCCAGCUGCGGAGGCUGCUUUCAGAAGCGGGGCUCCAUUUCUAUCACUUAAAUGUGGUGCUGUGACUGUCUCCUUAUCCCUGCCUCGGAGAGCUUCCUUGUGCGAAGCCAUCUCCAUCCCUCAGAAGGUGCGUGAGUCCUCGCUUCCUUCUGCUCUUAUGCAUUUGUAGACUAUGCAUCUCUUCAUCAGACUGCAAAUAUUUACAAGGUGGAUCUAAAAUUAGUCGUGGGUGUUCCAAUCAGCCCUGUACGAGUAAAUAAUCCACUCACCUUUUCUGUGGAAAAUUACGUGCUAUUGGGUAACUUUUAGCUCUUUUAAAAAAAAAUGAGUAAAAGUUAACAGUUAUUUUUUUGAGCAAGUCACAUGAAGAAAUCUGAAAGGAAUCGCAUGUGGUCCUCCCGGGACCUGGGACUGUUGGCUGUGCGCAGCGUCGUCGGCUGGUGUCCAGGCCGGAGGUGGAGCUGCUGGUGGGUCGCUCAGGCAAACAACGGCCCCUUCCGGCGGGUCCAAGCUGCAGUCUGUGAGCAAUAACAGACCACCCUGACAUGGCUACCUCCUCAGUGCAGAGGAAAGGGGAUUUGUGAAGCCAACGAAGUUGUUAGUUCCCUGUGACAUUUAGAACAGUCUUCUUUUGGCCUAGUUGAUCUGGAAGAGGGAGCGUGUGACACAGCCGGUGCGGUGGAGUGCUAGGGUAAUCCUGUUUACAAUAAAUCGCCCGAAUUUAA